AUGACCCUCAUAUGCAAACAGUGCGGCGUCGAGGUGGCUAGCAGGGCUGCUCUCGUGGGACACUGGAAGGAGCAGCGGGAGCAGGGUAAAGAGCAUUACCAUUGCACUCAGUGCAUGAUGAAACCGUUCCAAGCUGACAUUUUCAAGUUCCACGCGGCCAAGCAGGACCUCGAAUGCCCUGGUUGCAAUGAGCGAUUCCUGUCGGUCAGCUCUCUGAUGGGGCAUAUAGAGAAAAGCCGCUGCACGAGAAUUGGGAAGGAUGACUAUGUCACCCGCCGCGAAGAAAAACUCGCCUUUACGCGAGAGUUGCAACGUCGCGAAUUCGAAAACCCUACUCGGCCGGUUGCAGGGGGUCCCGGGGUAGCUGGAGUUCCAGCUGUCCGGAAGGCACCGUUUUCGGAUUUCCCACGAAGGAGGGCGGGGUUCCUCAACUGGGUCACCAGGUUAUCCCGUUCUGUCCAUCAGCGGGCCUGGGUGGUCAAAGGAGAAGAAACCGCCCCGCAAGCGGCAGAGGCUAGGAAGAAGAACCUCUUUCCCAAGAUGCCCCCGGCUCAGGUCCGCCCAGGCUCAAGGGAGAACAAGAUGCCCAGCAGCCCGUCGAGGCAGAGAAAGUGGAAAAUGGUCGGAAACAUGAUCCUCGCAAAUCCGGACUGGGAUGCCCGCAAGUAUUAUGUGACAUACCUUAACAAGUUCAAGUGUCCACAUGACCGCUGCCCCAAGUCGUUUCCGAGGGUGGCAGGUCUUCGCGGCCACCUCUCGUCGUCGCACAUCGGGCAGCACAAGGUGCAGUGCCCCCGAUGCUUCAAAUGGUUCAACAGCAUGACGGCCAUUACGGCGCACGCCGAGUCGCAGAGCGCGCGGUGCGACCUCCGCUGGACGAACGGCUACCGCGAGUUGAUCGACCAAAUGACGGCGGGUAUCGUCGACACGGCGGGCAAGCACGAGGAUGGGACGGUCAAAUACACAGUCCCCGACACGGCUCGCCAGUACUUCGGUACUUCGCAGGGCAAGUGGGCUGCGGAACAACGCAACCAGCAGGACGGCUGGGGCUCCAACAAGGCGGAGGGUGGAAGUGACGAGCAAGCUCCGAAGCAAGACUAG